AUGGAUGACGAUUUUCAGUUUCCAGGUGCUGGCUAUGACGCUGCUUAUGGUGGCAUGGGCAUGGGAACGGGAAUGGGUAUGGGUAUGGGUAUGGGAAUGGGAAUGGGUAUGGGAAUGGGAAUGGAUGAUAUGGAAAUGGAUCUCCCAGAGGAAAAUCCAACUCUUAAAAUUGGAGAAGAGAAGGAAAUUGGCAAUAAUAAUCUGAGAAAGAAGCUCCUCAAAGAAGGUGAAGGCUGGGAGAAUCCCACUUCCAGAGAUGAAGUUGAAGUUCAUUAUGUGGGUUGUUUGCUGGAUGGGACACAGUUUGAUUCUAGCCACGAUCAUGGCACCCCAUUCAAAUUUAAGCUAGGGGAAGGACAUGUGAUAAAAGGAUGGGAAGAAGGUAUCAAGACAAUGAAAAAAGGAGAAAAGGCCCUCUUCACAAUUCCUCCUGAAUUGGCAUAUGGAGAAUCUGGGUCCCCACCAAAAAUACCUCCUAAUGCUACUCUUCAAUUUGAAGUGGAGUUGCUCUCUUGGAUUAGUGUGAAAGACAUAUGCAAAGAUGGAGGAAUAUUAAAGAAAGUACUUACAGAAGGAGAGGGUUGGCAAAAUCCUAAAGACCUUGAUGAAGUAUUUGUCAAAUAUGAGGCUCGGCUAGAGGAUGGAACACUUGUUUCAAAAUCAGAUGGAGUGGAGUUUACCAUAACAGAUGGGUAUUUCUGUCCUGCCUUGUCUAAAGCCUUGAAGACAAUGAAGAAGGGGGAAAAAGUCCUCUUGACUGUAAAGCCUACGUAUGGAUUUGGACAAAAUGGCAGGUCAGCCACUGGUGAUGAUUGUGAUGUGCCACCAAAUGCUAGCCUUGAAAUAAAUCUGGAAUUGGUUUCAUGGAAAACAGUUUCAGACAUUACCAAUGACAAAAAGGUUCUGAAAAAGAUCCUACUCGAGGGAGAUGGUUACGAUUGUCCAAGUGAUGGUGCAACUGUGCAUUUGAAAUUGAUUGGGAAGCUGGAGGACGGGACUGUGUUCGAGAAAAAAGGACACAAUGAAGAACCACUGUUUGAGUUCAGGGUAGAUGAAGAUAAGGUUAUCGAGGGACUUGAUAGAGCUGUAAAGACCAUGAAGAAAGGGGAAAGAGCACUUGUAACAAUUAAGUCAGAGUAUGCAUUUGGUCCAUCUGAAUCUCAACAAGAUCUGGCUGUUGUACCCGGCAAUUCCACUGUAUAUUAUGAAGUUGAGAUGGUCUCCUUUGUGAAGGAAAAGGAAUCUUGGGAAAUGAGUACCCAAGAGAAGAUAGAAGCUGCUGGGAAGAAGAAAGAGGAAGGGAAUGCAUGGUUCAAGGCGGGAAAAUAUCAAAGAGCCUCAAAAAGAUAUGAAAAAGCUGUCUCGUUCAUUGAAUAUGAAUCUUCAUUCAAUGAGGAAGAGAAAAAACAGGCUGAAGUGCUCAAAAUCACUUGCAAUCUUAAUAUCGCAGCUUGCAAGCUAAAAUUGAAGGAUUACAAAGAGGCAGAGAGACUAUGCACUGAAGUGUUAGAAAUCGACAGUAAAAAUGUUAAAGCGCUUUAUAGAAGAGCACAAGCAUAUAUACAUCUGGUUGAGUUGGAUUUGGCAGAAACUGAUAUAAAAAAGGCACUUGAAAUCAAUCCGGAUAACAGGGACGUGAAAUUGGGAUAUAAAGUUUUGAAGGCUAAAGUCAAAGAAUACAAUAGGAAAGAUGCACAAUUUUAUGGUAAUAUUAUUGCGAAAAUGAGCAAGUUGGAGCAAGCUAAAUCUGUAGGUGCAGCAAAGCAUGGGAAAAUGACAAGGGCAAUAGAUAGACUGAAGAAUAUCAUGGCUCUAGCGAGUAGUGAAAAAAUCAAAGGGUGGUUUCUGCCCCUGGUUAUGGGAGACGACGAGGGCGAAAUUCCUGUGGGCUGUGGCUGUGAGUCUUUAACGCCGCCGAGACAAGGUCGGUGGACGGAGUCACGGAGGUCGGAGGACGGUGCCACGGUGUGCAUCAAAGGUGGUGGUUUUUCUCGCGGGCCUCCUACUGGUCAUCUGACGGGCAGAUAUUCUGUCUCAGUUUCUUGCUUGUGA